AUGGAUGACGAAUGGGAUUUGUAUGCGGUGGUUAGAAGCUGCACCACCAAUUCCACCGACGCUGCCACCUCCGGUAACGUUACCGUUGAUGACUACGAGGAUGGAUACGAUUAUAACAUGGAAACUGUAGCAGACAUGAUCAACCCAUAUUCAUACUCGAAUUCCGGCGAUAACCCAUCGGAGGGAUUAGAGGAAGUGUACAAAGAAGGUUGUUCUCAGCGGCUGCCGACCACCACAACCACCACCAUCACCACCACCACCACCACCACCGGAGGAUUCUUUGAUGAACAAGAACAACCGUCGGUUUCGUUUGAUGCUUCUGAUCAUUCACUUUCCAAUGAGAGUCCCAGUAAAAAAAGGAAAAACCAGCAGAAGAAGAUGGUGGUUGAAUUGACACAAGAAGAAUUAUGUAAUGAUACAUGGGCAUGGAGGAAGUAUGGUCAGAAACCCAUCAAAGGCUCUCCUUUUCCUAGAAAUUAUUACAAGUGUAGUACAACGAAAGCCUGUGGGGCAAGGAAACAAGUGGAGCAGAGCCACAUGGACCCCACCGUUUUCAUUGUUUCAUACUCGGGGGAACACAUACACCCUCGACCCACCCAUCGAAGUCCUCUCGCCGGCAGCACUAGAAGUAAUAAAUUCACACCACCACCACCUGACCUUGAUGCUGCUGGUGGUGGUGAUGGUGGUUUGUAA